AUGAGAGACUUCACGACGAUGGUAACUGACACUCGCAACCUGCACACACUGGCAAACAUUCUUCGCUAUCGUUCUGAAUCGCGUCGACAGGUGGGGCGUGCACGCGACAAUCUGCGCUACAUCGGCGAACGAGUGACCAGAGGAAUGGACGAGAUCGAGCAGGACGUUGGAAAGGAGCUGCGAGUUACCGGUCGACUGACGACGCAGAGCGCGAAACUGGCGGGGGUGCUGCGACGAUUCGGCAGCCUCGAGGAGAACGUGAUCGAGGUAGGCACGAUCUCUCGACAUCGCUCGAAGGAGAUUCGCGACUGA